AUGAUCCAGUCAAAAGAAGCAUCUUCAUCCCAAGCAACUAAAGUACCAAUUGAUUUUGACGACGAACCUUCUGGGCCUUACAUCCCUAUAUCUGAAUGUUAUACUGGGAAACCAGUUUCUUUCAAAGGUUAUCCUAACAGUAACCAUCACCUUCCCCCUCCUCCUCUGCCAUCUUGUUCAUCUUCCAGUGUUCACCAUCCAAUUCAUCAGUCUCAUGGACUGGGAUGUUCCUCGUUCAAGUGUCUUCACCAAAGUAGCGCUUCGAUCAACUCUCCAUCCACUGGUCUCUCUCUCUCAUCGUCCCACACACUCAAUGCUCGUAAAAGCAAACCUCACAAUCUGACUGUUGGUCCAUUGAGUCAUACACUCAAUCGGCAUGAGCGUCUCUCCGAUUCCAACAAUUCAACUCUUUCCCUUCGUAGUCGAGUCAGUAAGCCCAAUGGUGAAUUUGGCCAUUCAAGCUACAGGAAUGAACCACCGCCAAGGCCACCCAAGCCUAAGAAGUUGAACAAUCGAAGCAAAUCCGAAAGUUGCUCUCCUGCUUAUGGAACAAACCAUUUUAAUAGCAACGAUCAUUUAUCACCUUCAACUCCAUUCAAUAGUCAUUUAGAUUCACCAUCGUCACCAUCAGGCCAAUUUAAUCCCACCAUUAAUUCAAGUUCAAACAACAACAUUAACAUCAACAUCAACAACAUUAUCAACAAUAACAAUCAACAUAAUAAUCAACAUAACAACAACAUAGUAAACACCCCAACCUCUCAACCAUUAACUCUUGAUGAUGUUUAUGAUUUCCCAAAAUCAGAACCAGUAUUUAAUAGCAUGAGAACUGCAAUUCCCGCUCCUGGUAACCGAACUACCAAAGGGAACAGUCAUUCUUACACUAAUGCGCCUCCAGGUCAUUUAAGUAAACCUCCAGUUUUCACUUACGAUUACAAGGGAACUUUACCUGUUUAUCUAGACGAUAAUACGAUUGCUUUUGAUUUGGAUAAUUGUGAUCGAUCUCCAUCUACACCAAACUCUGCAUUUGAUUCGCUUUCUUCAAGCGGCUCUCUGUCCAAAAGUCUCACACCUCCGGCAGUUAAUCGAGAUUUAAAGCCAAAACGACGAGACUCUGAUUCUGAUACAAAUGUUUCUCCGACAAGUCCAACAUUUACUCUCGCACCUCCACCAGCUCACUCGAAAUCUUAUAUUAAACCAACAAGACUAUUGAAUGAUGGGACACUAGGAGCUUCUUCACAAGGGAGACAAUUUCAACAUCAUUUUCCUCGAGAUGAAUCAAAUUCAGAAGAAGAUACAAUUAGUCACUAUUCCACUUUGAAUAAACAAAAUUCAUCUUUAGACAAUCAGUCUCUCAAAGGAUCUCCAGGAAAAUCUCCAGGUGAAUGCUCUGAUGUAACUUACCUGGAUCUCGAUUUGAAAGAUAAAAAAACUGAUAAAGAUUCUCCUAAUUGUUCUGAUCCAAACAAACCAUUAUCGAAUCAACCAAAGGAUCUUAAUGAAAACUGCAAUUCAAGCGAUUCCCAGUCAACAGUUUACAAAAGUAUCGAUUUUGUAGCCACUCAUGCUUUCCAUCAAUUGCGAAUAAGUUCACAUCGUUUUAUUGGAAAAAAAUAGAUUUUCAUUCAUAAAUUAUCAACGAAGAAAAGAAAUCACCAUUAAUUAAUUAACUAUUUACAUGUUGUUUUGCAAACCUAUUAAAUUUAUAACUGUCGACGAAGUGACCACAACCUCAUAGGAGAAACGGAUUCCUCUUGAACAUUGAGCAUUCAAAUGAUUCUAAGAAUGUUCCUUGUCCAUGAUUAGUAAUUAAUCAUAUUUACUGAUCACCAAAGAAAAUAUAUUUUAUUCACUAUUUUCAUUAUUUCAAUGGAAACAAUUGAGCUAAUUGACACGAAAAAUCUUAACAAUUAAACGAAUCCUAAUUCUAA